AUGAUGAUGCCCGAUAAUGCAUCCAUCGCGACCCCAAACCCCGCUCGUUCCGUCUUUCCUCAAGGCCCCAGUUUCUCGCUGGAAGAUUUCUCCAGUCGUGAUUUCAUCGUGAAGGAGUUCAUCGAGGCCCUCUCUGACACUGCCAUCUCCCAUCGCCGCUCCGCUGCGGGCACUGUGGCCGCCUCGAAUCAACCCUUCGACCCGAAACCGCUCAUCCGCACCUUUGAGCAUGCGCAGCGACGCCUGGGAGAACUGUCCGGGGACUUGGAGAUCCGAGAAAAUGAAUUGUCUGCCGCAGUGCGACGCGCAGAGGCUCAACAUUCCCAGAAUCUGACAACACUGGGCCGGAAGCUGCGACAAACGAUCGAAUCAUUUCAGCAGUUGGACACGUCAUUAAAUGGCAAUGGGUUAGAAAAUGGUGAAGAAGAGUUGGACCGACAGCGUCGCCGGGCGCUAGAUGCGCAUUUCCUGCUCGAGUGCUGGGAUGGCGUGUGCAAUCGCGGUGAAAUUGCCUUGUUGGAGAACCUGCGACGGUCUGGUACGGCAGAGGCCAAGGUUCGCUCCGCGCAUAUAGCCCGCCAGCUUUUGCGUAUCAGUCAGCGCCUCGAUCCAGAAAGCUGGCAAUCUUCGUCCAAGCAGAGCAAUGGCAAAUACGGGGGCAAUUCUUCGUCCUCGGAAGAUCUGAGCACCGGUCACAGCACGCCGCGGAGGAAUACACGCGAGAUUAUUGAGAAAUUCUCAGAGACAUUGGAAAAGGACUUGCUGAAACAAUUUGACGAUUUCUACCGCAAGGCGAACUUUGAGGGCAUGAAGGACUGUGCGACCGUGCUGCAGGAUUUCAAUGGUGGCUCGAGCGUGAUUGCGCUCUUUGUGAAUCAGCAUCAGUUCUUUAUCGAUCGCAGCCAGUUAGUCACGGAGGAGGUGGGUGGGGAUGCUGAAUCGUGGGAGAAGAUGGCCGACCCCGACGCGGAACUACCAGGCGUGGAACCUAGUUUACAGUCCUUGCUGGAUGAGGUCAAGGUUGUGGUACAGGAGGAAUCAGCAAUCAUCCGACGAGCAUUCCCGUACUACGAGCAAGUGUUGGGCAAGUUUCUUCAGCGUGUCUUCCAACAGUCGAUCCAGCAGCGACUCGAGAUGGUGUUGGACAAGGCCAGUGGGGUGUCUUCGCUGGCAUUCUUGCGAUGUCUGCAGAGCUCUCGGGGCUAUAUCAGCACCCUGAUUGAUGACCUCAAAGCGCAUGGCCUCACCGAACAUCCCGAGUCCAUUUCCUCCCAGACAGCGUUGCUGUUGGAUCACCAAUUGGAGGAGCUUUUCGUUCCUUACUUUGUCGGGUCCUCCUACAUCGAACGAGAGAAGCGCACUCUGGAGGAACUCUUCCACGCCGUACUCUUCAAAUUCACGUCCUAUCAUGCGCGUCGCAAGAAAGCCGCGACCACAUUCAUGGCCUCUCUCUCACGGCCGAGCACUACAGAGCUACUGUCCGCUACUCGAGAUGCUUUUAUAAGUCGACUCGACUCGCCCGAGAUGCCACCUACACAACGGCGGAUGCUACUGCACGUUGCCAAGGUGGGCGAUGUGCCCGAGACUCAACGCUUGACUGAAAUCAAAAUCUCCGAUGAAGAGGGCCAGCCGAGCCUGAACGACGCCAAGCGUAUGCUCAAGUGGCUGGCUGAGGCGGUUGGUCGUGGCUUGGAACUGAGCGUGAAUACCGACACGCACAAGGAUGUGUCAGCCCUCUUGACCUUUCUGUUGGCCAAUAUGGGCGAUGGAUACGUGGAUGUCUGUCUUGACGCCGCGUUGGAAGCUGCCACGGCCCAGGAAUCCGGGAAGAAUGAACCGGAUUUGGGAUUCCUCAUGUCUGUGCGGACCACCAUUAGUGUCACCACCUUGAUGGUGAUGUGUGUGAACGCGGUGUUACUGCCCUUGGCGACGUCGAGCAUCACUACCCGACGGGACAUGGAGAAGCGAAUCUCCCAGACUACGUCACGGAUCGAGGAGAAGAUCAAUACCAUUGAACAAAAGACUAUUGAUGCUACGUUGGCGUGGGUCAGUCGACUCUUGUCGGGACAGAGGAAGAAUGAUUUCCGUCCCCGGGAGAGUGACAAUGCGGCAUGGUUGGAGAUGUUGCAAACACCAGUGAGUUUCCUCCUGCCCCUGGAGUUGACAGCGGUUCACGCUCUUUUCCUCUUUGUAAUGAAUCAUCGUCUUCCCGUACUGACUCUUCUACAGACAUGCGCUUCCAUCUGCACAUUCCUCACCCGAGUACACAACAUUGCUCGCACCGCACUCCCCUCGAGCGGAUCCAACGUCCGCCACGUCCUCACCGAAAUCGCCCUCGGCACCCGCGGUCUCUUACUCGAACACUUUAAGCGAUUCGCUGUCAGCGGGCCCGGUGGCUUGAUGGUCACCAAGGACAUGACCCAAUACGCCGACCUACUCAAGUCCUGGGACAUUGACGAGGACACCAAGGGACCUGGCGGCGCGCUGGACGUGCUGCUGGAAGUGGGCAACCUCUUUGUGAUUGGCGUCGAGGCCCUUCGCGAACGUAUCCGCGGCGGUGCAGCCAGUGGGGCGACGGGGACUUCGACGGGGCCUGGCCGCAGUGCUGGCGGACAAAUGGAGGCCAAGUUGAGUGUGCAAGAAGUACGAGCCUAUGUGUCACGGAGAGAAGAUUCCAAUACGUUGGCCAUGCAACAAGUUUUGAAUGCGUUGUAA